GCACAGUGGACAAUUGGAAAGCUGCACUGUCCGUUCUGUGAGGCCUGCUUAGGGGGCUUUAACUUUGUUUGCAACACAAAAUGUUCCUGUGGACAGGUAAUAAAUAUACAUUUCUGCAAAAGUCGGACUGACUAUCAGCCAGCUUUCUCUGUUAAAUGGGCAAAAUUGUCAGGAAAACACUUACCUCUCCUCAAAAUUCAGUCUGGUUUUAGCAAGGAUAUCUGCCAUGAAGUGGUAACUGCAACUUUGGAAAUCAAAAAUCAAGGGCUUUCAUACACAUCCAGAAAUAAUAAUAGUGGCACUGGAAGAUUAACAGAAGCGCUUUGUCUAGAAGUAAGAACUCCCAGAUUUGAGAUGAAAAGUAAAAAACUUCCCUUAAAGGUAUUAAAUCAAAAAAGAAAUCUUUCUGCUUCCUAUCCUAUGAAUGAUGCAUCCACUGUAAAACCUUUUCACAGAAGAUCACGUAGUGUGGAUUUAAAUAUCAGAGAGAGACUUGUUUUUUCACCUGUGUUAUACGAAACUUGCAGUACAGGAACAAUUUACCAUGGCCAAAAUGAAAAUCGACCUGUUUACACACCAAGUGGCUUGCAGUUAGAAUCCAAUAGGAAAGAUAGUAGUUCUUUUGAGGACAUAUAUAGUUCCAGUGCUGACAAACUACAAAAAAAGUUUCAAGUUACUUCCUUUACCACAUUACUACAUAGAGAAACAGAAAGUGAGUGUGAUUUUGAAGCUACUGGACAACCUUCUGGGAGUGCCAUUGCUGAUGUGUCACCUUUUGUGAUGAACCUUUCUUCACCUACAAGUUCUGUAGAAGAGGAACAAUACAUCACACCUGUUGGUCUUGUGCAGCCUAUGAGUAUUUCCUUCAACCAAAAGCUGAAUAAGAGAGAAAGAAACAAGUUGAAAAGCUUGAGGAGAAAACAAAGAAGGCGAGAACGGUGGCUACAGAAGCAAACUGCAAAUGAUAACCUGCAUACUGACGAUGAGCAUGAACUCAGAGGAGAUAAAGAAAGCUAUCUCUGUGCAGUGUGCCUGGAUGUUUAUUUCAAUCCUUACAUGUGUUAUCCAUGCCACCACAUCUUUUGUGAACCUUGCUUAAGGAUGCUUGCCAAAGACAAUCCAGCCAGCACUCCAUGUCCACUGUGUCGCACUACAAUUGCGAGAGUCUUUUUCCAAACAGAACUGAACAACUCUACCAAAUCUUUUUUCCCUAUGGAAUAUUUGAAGUUAAAAGAAAAUUUUCAAAAAUCAAAUUCUGCAAAAUGGCCUCUACCAAGCUGCAAGAAAGGUUUCAGAGUUUUUGAAG